GUCGAAGUGUUGUAUUUUGCAAAAAGUGCUGAAAUCACAGGAAUUCGCUCGGAGACCAUUUCUGUGCCCCAAGAAAUAAAAGCCUCGCAGCUGUGGAAUGAGAUAGAAACGCGGCAUCCGGGGUUGGCUGAUGUCAGGGACCAGGUGAUACUGGCUGUGCGUCAGGAAUAUGUCGAGCUUGGAGAUCAGCUCCUUCUGCUUCGAUCAGGAGACGAAGUCGCCAUCAUCCCCCCCAUCAGUGGAGGCUAGUGCUGGGGGGCCCCUGGAGCAUGUGAGGGCAGAUGUGGGUGAAGAUGACGAGAAACCUAAAGAUAUCAUCAGGUUCACCGCCGAGACGCUGUCCGUGGAGGAAGUCUCGCGGCUGGUGACCUCCCCGCUCUGCGGUGCAGUGUCCCUGUUUGUGGAAUAUUGCAACGUAAUCUUCAGACAGAUCUGUGCGCUACUUGUCUAUUCCAAAAUAACCCUGUUCUUGCCCUGGCUGGUGUGGCUCAGGUGGUUGGCUGUCGUCCGUGCACCAAAGGGUCGCCGGUUCAGUUCAGGGACCACAAGGAAUCACUUUGAAGGGAAAAAAGUCAUUAGCUUAGAGUACGAAGCAUACAUACCGAUGGCAGAAAACGAAGUCCGGAGGAUUUGUGGUGACGUGAGGCGGAAGUGGCCGGUCAGGCACAUCGCGGUGUUCCACAGACUCGGCCUGGUCCCCGUGUCCGAAGCAAGCGUUGUCAUCGCCGUGUCCUCGGCCCACAGGGCUGCGUCCCUCGGAGCCGUGAGCUACGCCAUCGACGCUCUGAAGGCCAAGGUGCCCGUGUGGAAGAAGGAAAUAUACGAAGAAUCGUCAUCAUCUUGGAAGAGAAACAAAGAAUGCUUUUGGGCAGCCAGCGACUAAGUCACUCACGUUGGUGACGUGGCCGCCUGACCUUGGGCCACAAUCUGAUUUUCCUUCUCCAGAGCUCAGGAGCGUUUAGGGUGAGGUCUUACACUGGAGCUAGAGAGAGGGACCGCCUUUAGGGGAAACGGAAGAAUAAUUUAAACGCGAGGAAAGAUGUCAGCGGUAGACAAAUGAGCUCAUGACGAAUGAUUGUAACUGGACUCACGAGUCUGUCUCAGAACCCACCUCCCCAUCCCCCCUCCCCACAGCCAGGGUGCCACUAUGGUGCUGGCUGGAGGGCGCACAAAGUCAUUACUGGACAGUCAUGAUAUAUUUUAAGAAUUUAUAUAUUUAAAAAGUAAACCAAAUAAACAUUAAAAACGUUUAUGAGCA